AUGAGGGCGAUCACGGUCAACAUAGUGAUAGACAGUGCUGGAUCUAGGGCGAGGGCUGGAGGACCAUGGCCCACCUUGAGAGUAUCUAAUUUGAAAUUAUUGGGUCCUUCUUUCUUGGAACGUGUGUCUGCUGCUGUAGUCGCUCGUCAUCUCAUCUGCAUCUAUAAAUAUAAUAAGCAACUCCAUCCGAAAGCUGUAGAUGCAUUUGAUUCAGCUGAUUCAAAUUUAACACUUAAGAUACACUUUUCACAUUUUGAUGGACUGCUUCAACCGAGAAACAACGAAAAUAAAGACAAGCGAACUCACGGCUACACAAUAAAUAAUAAGGAAAGAUCAUGUGAUUAUAAGAGAAUUCUUGGGAAAGGAGCCGAUAAAUCAAUAAAGUGCAGCGCUUUUGGUUCUGGUCGUGACAUCAACAAUCGUUAA